AAUGACGUCAUUGAUAAGUACCUUAAAUCUAUUUUCAAAUCUCCACAACAACAAGAGGUAUACAAACACCACCAUGAACGCUGUAAGUUAAAAUUUUUAGAAUAUAGAUUUCAAUUGUUAUCAUAAAUUGAGCCCUCUUAGCUUAACUUUACUUUUGCAACUAUGACUUUAGCAGACCGAUCUUAAUACGCCUGUUACUAUUACUAGGUAGUAAGGGGUGGUAUUUUAUUUGAGUUUAGUUUAACUAGACUAGACCUAAUAAACCUUCAGACUUCAGUCAGGCAGUAGUCGUAGACGAUCAAUUCAGUUAGUUUAUGACUACCUAAUUUAAAUUUACUAGUUUAUGAGAUUUAAUGAGUUUGAGAUCGACUCUUAAGUCCGCAUCUUUUGACUUGAGUAUUGGGUAUUACUUGAGACUUGAGAUUCUUCUUACCUUAGACUUAGACACUUAAAAAAAACAAGACUUUUUUUUAGAGCAGUGGUCCCAAAACUCAUUAUUAAAAAGAGCCAAAAAUUAGAAGCAGGACGAUUAAAAAAUUUGAGAGCCAAAUUUUUUUUUCAAGAACUUGUCAAGAACCAUGUUUCUCGGAGUCAAAUCUGAUUUGUGGCCGACUGACCGAGCCACACUCAGGUCCAGGUCGUUAAAGGGCUGCAUGAUUUGCCGACCACUGACUUAGUAGGGUAUAAUUUUAAAUAAUAGUAUUAGGGAUCAUAUUCUAUACUACUCUUUUUUAUAGUCACAUUCGCAUAGUGACAUAGACCAUGAUGAUUAUGGACCAUGGCCUUAGAUCAUGAUAGAUGGUACUAUGAACAUAGUUACUGGUAUGAGUAUGAGUAUCGGUACGAUGAUAAUGAUACAGCUAGGGCUAGUGCUGGCAGGAGUGGACUACCUCCCCCCCCCCUCUCCCCUUCCUACGCCACUGUACACAUAUUUUUUUCUGAGUGGUUAUUCAAAGUCGGUUGGGAAUAAUAAUUGCUAUCACUAGCAUGAUUACCGUAUUUUACGAACUAUAAGACUCAUAUAAAAAUUGCCUCCAAAAUUCAGGUGCGUCUUAUACUCAAAAUUAAUAUAAAAAUGUCCUGUGUUUGAUUUAAAAUUUCCACCAGUCUUAAAAAUGGCCAUAUAUUCGACAUAUAUCAAGUAAUAUUCGAUCAACUGGCAGCAGCAGUGCACAGGUACGACAAACAUGAGUUGCAAGGAUUCACAAUUUUGUUUUAGUUUUGCUUUGCAAUCUAAUAAUAAAAAUGCUAAAAAUUUUAUUUUUAAAAUUUAAAAAAAAAAACUAAGAUGCAUCUUAUAGUCCGUAAAAUACGGUAUACCAUUUAUUGAAUUAUUGGCUGGGAAUAAUGCUGAUUGUUAUACACAGUCGGCUGGGAAUAACGCUGAGCGUAAUUAGUAAUACACAAUUGGUUAGGAAUAAUGCUGAGAGUUAUUACCAUCUGUGUAUAAUAUAAUGGUCCCUUUAUUUAUAGGCCAAAUAGGCCAAUGCACUCUAACUUGCCAUUAAAACAUUUAUAUACAUUUUAUAAAAUAAAUUAAUAGCACAUUCAUUAUGAUACAGACAUAGAUUAUUGUAAAAAAAACAUUAAAUUAUGAAAUGAUUUGAUCUUUGACUUGAAGCUCUUCCUCCUAUCAGUAUUGUCUUUUUUAAGAAGGUUUAAUUUAAUUAGAUAAAAAUAGGAAUUAUUUUUAUGCUUUUAAUUUUCAGAGUAUAUAAUUGAAAACCUCUCUUUUUUUCCCACAGCAAACACUUGUUUUUAAACAAGAACAAGGUAAUGUUUUAUGAUCACUAUUUAUAAAAUUUAAAAUUUAUUUUUUGCUUAUUGAAAUUUAUAUUAAAUUUAAAACCACUUUUCAAUUUGAAAGUGUCCCUUUUGUUUAAUAAAUAAAUGUAUUUUGAUCUUUAAAUUGCUUGUCACUAAUUUUAAUUUAUAAAGAACAAAGAGCAGAGAGCUUGUAAAUUCCCCAUGUUUGAAUCACCUUAGAAACUCAAGCUUAAUGUUUAUAAAUAUAACUUUAUUUUUUUAAAAUUCAAAAGUUUAAGAGCUCAGCUAUUUUCUUUUACACACUUUAGUUAAAAAAGGCUACCUCUCGAGUUAAACAUGUUCAAUGUUUUGAACAGCCUGCUGAAGUUUAAUUAAAUGAGUAAAAUAUCAUAUCACUUUCAAAAUUUUAUAGUAAACAUACAAAAAAAUGAGUGAAUGAUAAUCUUUUAGUAUCCUUUUAAUCUUUUAGUAUUCUUUUAACUGUUUCAUAUAUAAUUUUUUCCAGCACAUGAAGACAGUAUUUGGAGUUGUUCCUUUGGGAAAAAUGAACAUGACCCCAGUGGUUCUGAAACAAUUGUAACCGGAUCAAUUGAUGACCAUGUUAAAGUUUGGAAAUGGUAUUACUUAUUUUCCUUAAGCUUGUUUAUGUAAAUUUAGCUUUAGGCUUUUGUCCUGUUAAAAUGAAAUAUGGGUUGUAGUUAUCAUUCAAUAAUUAUAUUGUAUAUAAAUUACAGUGCAAUAUAUUUACUAAUUGUAAUAAAAUUAUUUUAGGCAAGAUGACAAGUUGGAGCUCAAACAUACACUGGAAGGUCAUCAGCUUGGUGUUGUCUCAGUGGAUAUAAAUGCUGAUGGCUCAUGUAUCCUUGAUUCAUAUUUUUUAAAAAAUGUGAUUCUCUGUGUACAAUAAAAGAUCAAUCAUCUUCCAGAUGUUUAAAUAAACAUUCAAUAUUUCUUAUAAUAAUGUAAAUAUAAUGAUGCACCACAUACCUUAACAAACUCUAGUGGCAGCAUCAAGCAGCUUGGAUAGUCAUGUAAUGAUAUGGGAUCUGGAAAGUGGAAAAAUGGCCAAGAGCAUUGAUGCUGGACCUGGUAAGCCACAUUACAUGAUGAUAGAGGUGGUAAUUCAGAGGCUGUUUGUAGCAUUUCUUGACCCUAAGCAAAGAUAUCAUAGUUACCCUUCAAAAUAAUAGGUAGAACAUUCAUAAUUUAAUGUUAUAUAUUUUAUUUAUAUAAUAUUUCAGUGGAUGCAUGGACGAUAGCCUUCUCACCAGAUUCUAGGUUUUUGGCAUCAGGAAGUCAUACAGGUUUAAAUUUUAUUAUACCUUUAUUUAGAAACCAUAUAUUAGAGCAGCUACUGGUAUAGUAUUGUGGAUUUUACUUGAUUUAUGACCCUUAUUGAAAAAAUACUGAUUUUUGUACAAAUUACAGAAAUUAUAAUUAGCUUAUUAUGAAAUAAUCUUGAGAACACAAACAACAGACAUGAGAAAUUACCCCUUCUUCUUCUAUAUAUUAAGGGCCCACGAUCAAUUUUUUGACCAUUUUGGCUCCUAUGCACGUAGAGGGGAUUUGCAAUGUUUCUGUGCCUGGUGUUGAUGAGGAUAUUUCACUGAUUGCAAGUGCCACUUUGUGAGGGAAUCAUGCACUGGGGGUUUGAAGGCUUGAGGCAAUAGACGCAAAUGUGUAUAGAGUUGUCGCCUCAACUGUUCCUUUUGAAAGCUUGUUCCAGUCCCUGAUUGUAUUCGGCAGGAAUGAGCAGCUCCUAUACUGGCUUCUUGUUGGAAUGAGCCUGCAUUGCCUGUCAAGGCCUCGUCGCUGUCUCUGGGGGAGAGGGACGAGUUUCUGUUUAAUACUGGAACAGUCGACUAGCCCAUUAUUUAUCUUGUACAUCAUGGAGAGCCUGGAUUGUCGUCGUCGUUCCUCCAAUGGUGACCAGCCUAGUGUUUCCAGCAUGCUGCCAACACUAGAGGUAUUCUUGAGCGGUUCAGGACAAAGCGUGCUGCCCGUCGCUGGACCGCCUCCAACCUGUCAAUGCUCUUCUGGGUAAAUGGGUCUCAGACUGAAGAUGCAUAAUCUAAAACCGGACGGACAAAGGCUUUAUAGGCUCUUUCUUUCACACAGGAGUUGCCAAUCUUUAGAUUUCACCUUAAGAACCCCAGGGUCUUGUUUGCUUGGUUACAUGCAUUGUUAAUAUGCUCGUCCCAGCGGACCUCUCUUUGAAUGGUAACACCCAGGUACUUUACGGAGGAAACUGGCUCAAGUAUAUGGCCGUGCAGUUCGUAUUGGUAGUGUAGAGGAGUACAACUUCUAGAGACUGAUAGUGUUUGGCACUUGGCAGGGUGAAAUUCCAUGUCACAGCUAGUCUCCCUCUCAGCCAAUAGAUUGAGAUCCUGUUGUAGCUGGGCCUGGUCAGAUCUGUUGGCGAUCGUCUUAUACACCGCCGUGUCAUCUGCAAACAGUCUUGCUUAUAGUCAAUCAUUAUUUCAUGAUCACAAGUUACUAUCACCAGAGUUUGAUUUAUCACAUUUAGAUCACAUUUGAUAAAAUAUGUUAAAAAUAUGUUAAAUUGUUGAUCCUCUCCAGUAAAAUUAUAGCAUUGGUUAAUUGCAAAUAAUAAAAAAUCAUUAAUCAUACUGUUAAUAGUAAUAAAUAUAAAUGUUAUCCUUAUGCAGGAAAAAUAAAUCUCUUCGGUGUUGACAGUGGAAGGAAGGAGUCUUCUAUGGACACAAGGGGAAAGUUUACACUCAGUCUUGCAUAUGUGAGUCAUCUCAGACCUUAGAUUUUGUUUUUUAUUUCCCAUAAUGAUAACUUAUUUUUAUCCACUUACUUCAUUUCUUGUAACUAGCUUUUACUGAGAACUUAUUUGAAUUCUUUGAGAGAAUUUAUGUAACAUUUACAUAUUGAAGUUUUUAUUCCUAAAACGUUUGUUUUUAAAAAAAAAAAAUUAAAACAACCUUUUGUGAUUCAAGAAAGUACAUUCAAGCUUCUCUUCAAAGAUUUAUUAUUGAAAAUGAAACCAUCUUUGCUUUUGUGAUAAACAAACACAAUAGAAAUUCAGGAAGACAGCCUAGAGUUGGCAACCUUUAGGUACUAGUGUGCCAAAGUUAAACUUCUAAUUCAUUCAGCAUGCCAAUUACUUAUACUUAUAAUAUAAGUAUUUUCAUUCAUAAUAAUUUUCUUUGGCACUCCGAAGACCCAAAAAAUUAUUAUAAUUUUUUUGGGUCUUCCGAGUGCCAAAGAAAAUUGCUAUGUGUGCCAAGUCUGGCACACAUGCCGAAGGUUGCCAACCCAUGGCCUAGAGCUUAAAAGCAAUGAAUGUGGUAAACAAUGUUAAGAUAAAUCUAAUUCUUUUCCCUGCAGAGUCCUGAUGGAAAGUUUAUAGCCUCAGGUGCGCUUGAUGGAAUAGUCAAUGUAUUUGACAUCACAACUGGAAAACUUAUUCACACCUUAGAAGGUUUGUGUUACUGUGCUAUUAUCGUCAAGCUUUUUCCUAUAAUGAUUUUUAGCUUUUAAUCUCAUUGUGAAUACUAAAUAGCUUUUCACUGUAACUUUAAGAAUCUAUCAGCUAUGUAUUUUUAACAUUUAUCACUUAAAGUAUUGCUAACUCAAGCUAAAUUUUUAUCUAUCCAAUUUAAAACAAUUUUGUGGGUUCAGAAAUUGUUUGAUUGAAAGUAAAUUACAAUUUUUUUAAAUUUAUCUGUAACUCUUUAUUUAAUGUUAAACAGAUUAAAAAAUAUAACAUUUUCUAUUUAUUUAUUUAUUUAUUUAGGCAUUUUUAUAUAGCGCUUACCAUAAAGCUCUAAGCGCUUUACAAUUAUUAAAAACAUGUAAACUAAGUAAAAUAAAAAUGAGACACUAGGAUAGUAACUACUAUACUAUAGAAACAAUGAAAAUGGCUAUAAAACGAGGACACUUUGACACGUUUUGGCCUAUACUUCAGGAUCAACCCGAAACAGAAAAUUCUAGUGCACAAAUAACAAUCACAUCUCAGAUAUUCUAAAUGUCUUGCCUCAGGUAUUCUAAACUCCUGUCCGUGCACUGCUGAACAUAUUAUAGUACUCUUAUUAAUUAUUCCCAUGUGCUUAUUAAUUCCAGGACAUGCCAUGCCCAUUAGGUCUCUCUGUUUCUCACCUGACAGUCAAUUACUGAUCACAGCUUCUGAUGAUUGUCAGAUUAAAAUAUAUGACGUGUAAGUUAAUUUGCCAAUGGAAAAAUAAAUAUUCAUGUAAUAAUUGAUCUUUCACAUUUUUAAAAAUAUACAUUGUAAGUUCAUCUCAUUUUUUCACUUAUUUUUAGUUUAUCGAUAUAGUCUUAAAUGCUUGUCUUUUUUUUCAUACUUUAGACAACAUGCCAAUUUGGCAGGCACAUUAUCAGGUCAUGGAUCUUGGGUUCUAGGAGUGGACUUUUGUGCAGACAACACCCACUUUGUUUCAGGGUAUAUCAUAUUAUAUCAUCUAAAUGUAUAAUUUGCAAAUAUUUCAUAGAUAAUAAAAACUUUGUAAAAAAUGUUUAGUAUACUUUAAUAUGAACAUAAUGAAAUUAUCUUUCUAAAUAAUAAUUCAUUCAUCAAAAAACAUCAUCUUUCUAAAUAAUGAUGUUUUUUCUCCUGCAUAACUUAAGGAUCUCUAUCAGAUUUAAUAACUUUCUUUUCCUAUAUUUUUUUUAUAUUUAAUGUGAUUUUUCAAAUUGUUAUUGUUUUUAGUUUUUAAAAUAAGUUCCCUUAAAAAAAUUUUUAACUUAAUUUUGUUUUAUUCAAUUAGGUCCUCCGACAAAACAGUUAAAAUAUGGAAUGCAGGAACAAGACAGUGUAUUCACACAUUUUAUGACCAUACAGAUCAGGUUUGUAGUUGUUCUGGCAUUUCUGUAGCAUCAAGUAUGCAGAAAGAAUCACAGAGUCAUACAAUUAUACUUUAUGAUGAGGUAAACAAAUAUAGGGUGUCUGGUUACCAUGGCUGGGCAGAAACAGCUAUGAUAUAAUUAAAGCGUUCAGGGAACUUGAAGAUGCCUUGGUCAAAGCUGGUCUUGAGGUAAAUGAAGCAAAGACAAAAUAUAUGUUAUGUCACGAAACACGCAUACUGAUGACAACAGCAAUAUAAACAACCAAACCUUUGAGUUUCUCAAAUAUCUAGGGGUGACUAUAAAUGAGCACAAUUAAAUAAUGUAGGAGGUGAAAGAAAGGAUAACAGUAGGCAAACAUUCAAGGGGAACAAAGAAGGCAAUAUACACCACUGUCACUAGACCAGUUGUAACUAUGCAAAUGAGACUUGGUCCCUUACCAGAAAAGCAGAGAACCUGCUCAAUACAUGGGAGAGUAAAAUCCUUGGAAAAAUAUAUGGAGAUAUAUCACUUGUACAAAGACCCACCCAUAGUGACAACAAUUUAAAAAUGUAGACUGCGCUGGACUGGACACAUUAAGAGGAUGCCGAAUGUAGAGAAGAACUUACACCAGCUGGGGAUUCGUGCAUGGAGGCGAAAAGCCAUGGAUCGAUCCAAAUGGAAGGACACGGUGGAACAGGCCAGGCCCUACUUGGGCUGUAGCACCACUUAUGAUGAUGGUUACCAUGGAGCAUGCAUAUUUUUAACUGGUGCCUAAUUUUCAUGUUUUUCUUAGCUCAUAUUUGAAAUCAGGGGAGCAAAAGAGCAUAUAUAUAUAUAAGCAUAUAUGUUUAUCCAAAGAACUCAAAUAAUUACCAUACACAACUCUUAGACCAUAGAGACAAAAGAUAAUUAAAUUUUAGAGUAUUAUUUUUAAAAUAAUAGGCUUUUCAAAUUUCAGUAAUGGGAUGUUUAAGUUUAAUAGCAUUAAUUGUUAUUUUGUUUAUAUAUACCGUUAAAAACAAGAUCAUUGUGAAAAGGGCUAACAACUCAAAAAUAACAUUUCAAGACAUAAAAAUCUCCAUAAUUUUUUAUGGACAAAGCAAAUUUUGUACAGGCACAUUUUUAAAAUAAACUUGUUGAAACUGUGAAACUGAAAGAAAAAAAUAAUUACCCUGUGUCUAUGAAGUUAAGUUACUUUGACUGAUUUUUUCCCUGCCACCCCCACCCCCUCUCUUUUUCCAAUAAAAAAUCCUCAAAGAAAAACUUAGUGCCCUCCUCACACAUUGUCACAAAAUCAAGAACAAAUUCUUAAACGCUGAGAUAUCUCAUUUUAUUCAGCUUUAAACAGUUUUUUAAUGUUUUUUUUUAAUGGACUUCCUAAAGUUCAUAUGGAUUUUUAUAGACUUGUCAUUUUAGGACAACAUUUUUCAGACACUCUGUAAAUUUAUGGCUAUUUGGCUACCCUGAUGGUGAAUUACUUAAAGGACAAGCAAGUUAUUGUAAAACUAAUGAAAAAUUUUUAAUGACUAUUUCUAUACACAUUUUUUUUUCAGGUUUGGGAUGUGAAGUAUAAUCCUGCUGGCACAAAAGUUGUAUCAGUUUCUGAUGAUAGGAACGUUCAUGUGUAUGACUGUCCAGUUUAAAAAUUAUAUGGUUUAUAAAUUUAUGUCACAUCUGUAAAGAUUUAACUUGAGAGAAUGUGUAUGGCACAAACAAAUCUUUUUAUUCUGUAUUCAUGAAGAUUUUAAUAAAAUUAAGUUACCUUUUUAUUGGUACUUGUUCUAUAGAUCAUGGACAUGUAGUAAGAGAGAGUCUGUAAGACUGUUGACUCAUUGAAUCUUGGUGUGGAUGUUAAUCUGGAAUAUUUUAUUGUUGAACUCAUGUAAUAAAUAAAUUUAAAAUAUGAA